AUGGCGGACUUGGAGGAGAAUUUUGUACAUCUUCAGUUGAUGCAUGAAAGUCUGUCAAGAUUCAACGAGAGCUUUGCGAGCUUUUUAUAUGGACUAAAUAUGAACGCUUUCUGCGUCGACUUCCCAGAGAGUAUUCCAGACGCUGUAUCUAACCAACAUCGAUACAGACACCUAUCCCAGAAUCAUUCACACGUUUCAAGCAAAGGGAAGAAGCAAGAGAGAAAGAGAAUGGUAUGGAGUAUAUUCCAUAUAAUAACCUACCUUACCAUUGCCCUAGGCGAGAUAUUUACUGACCGUUUCUUAGAAUUGCAAGCUGCUUCAGAGCAACAAUAUCAAUCUGGCGCAAAUGACGCAGAAACAACUUUCAUGUGUGUUGCCUAA